UCCUCCCUACAAUAUGGAGGUAUCUCCAGAUUUUGGAGGCACCUCCAUACUUCCUGGGUCUGGGCUUGUCUGCGUUCAGUCUGAGUGGGCUGCUGACGGGCCCACUGUUCGGCCUCUGGUCCGACCGGACCCGAACUACAAAGACCAUCAUCCUAUACUCCAACGUUUUUGAGAUUGUUGGUAGCUUCAUGUAUUUUAUGGGAUACUCAAAAUGGCUGCUGUUGUGCAGUCGACUUGUAGCAGGUAUUGGUGCAGGAGCAGGCUCCUCCAUCUUUGGCUUCCUCACACGGAGCACCCGGCCAGAGGAACGCGCUGGUGUUUUCGCUGCCAUCAUGGCAUGUCGCCAAGCUGGCCUCCUGAUUGGGCCAGCAUUCAAUUUGUUCCUGAGACUGUGCGACUUCCAGCUGGGGCCAUUUGUGGUGAACAACUACACCUCUCCUGGGAUCUUCAUGUGUCUUAUGUGGAUCCUGCUCCAGUUUGUGGUGCUGGCCCUGUACUGGGACAUACCACCUAUCAGCUCCGAAGAGGGGGGUAUCGCUGUGGGAGAGAUCGAAGAGGAGGAGCCGCUGGUAAGGGCAGAGGAGACACUGGAGACCUACGGCACUGUCUGGGACGACCAGAUAGAGACAACCCUUUCCUCAGAGAUACAUUUCCAGGACCCUUCACAGUGCCCUCCCUCGCCGCCUUCCUCUACCUCUUCCUCGUCCCCUCCUUCGCCUAUCUCAAACCCCCUCACCAUUUUCAGUGCUAGUCAAGAGUUUCUGAGGGAGGAGGUGGUGGUGCUCCUCACUGCACAGUUCAUCACCCUCUUCAACCAGACAGCACUGGAGACCAUGGUGACACCUCUGACCCAGCGCUCCUUUGGCUUCGGAGAGCUUGCCAACAGCCUGAUGUACAGCCUGUGUGGCGUUGAGGUGAUCCUGGGCUUCUUCUUGGUGCGUGGGCUGAGUCGCCAGGUGGAGGACCGUGUGGUGCUGGCCGUGGGGCUGGUCAUCUGCAGUGUUGCCUGCGUCUGGUGCCUCAUCUUCCUGGCCAACCCCCAGGGCGGGUACUCCUGGGAGUUGGCAACGUUCAUCAUCGGAGUGUUCCUGCAGCUGCUCGGGCUUCCCUUCGUGGCCGUGUCCCAGGUGUCCCUCUUCUCCAAAGUCACUGCAGAGAAAACGCAAGGGUUCAGUCAAGGCGUGAGGCGCUCUGUUGGGGGGCUGGCUACUAUCCUGGGGCCUCUCUGGGCUGGAGGACUGACCGGUAACUUGUACCUGAUGCUUGGAGUGAUGCUGGCUCUUCUCCUCAUGAUCACAGUGAUGCUGAUACUAUCCUAUGAUCGCCUAGUCGAACCCAAAGUAGUGCAGCACGCCCAGAGCUCAGACAACGGAGAAUAGACAAGAGUCAUGUUCAGUAGGAGAAAAUGUUUUGAAAUGGGGAGGCAUGACCUGAACUUGUCCAAUAAGAGCACAGCUUCCCGUUGCAACGCAUAUUGCAAGAGGUAUGCACUACUGAACACGUCCCUGCUGUCAACUUGAAUGACAACUGAAGCCCUAAUAAAGGUCAAAGGUGAGGUGAUACAUAUAGUAUGUCUCCCAACUACUAUGAGAAGGUCAAUGAAUGCACAUUACAAUAAUUUUUUUAAAUUUUAUUUAACCAGGCAUGUCAGUUAAGAACAAAUUCUUAUUUUCAAUGACGGCCUGGGAACAGUGGGUUAACUGCCUGUUCAGGGGCAGAACGACAGAUUUGUACCUUGUCAGCUCGGGGGUUUGAACUAGCAACCUUCCGGUUACUAGUCCAACGCUCUAACCACUAGGCUACGCUGGUGUGUGUCUAAACUCUGCAAUGCAGAAGAGAUCCAACCAAUGACCUAUAGGCUUAUCCAACCCACUUUAAAGCUCUGUGGAGUCUAUUUUACGUUUUUAUUUGGAUAGUCCAGUCAUACUAUCAACAAAGUAUCUGUUGAUGAGCAACUUUUUUAAUGUUUUUAUUUCACCUUUAUUUAACCAGGUAGGCUACUGUGACCU